AUGGCGCCCCCAGAUUCAGCCAGGAUACAAGAGGCUCAGAAGCUCGCAAAGACGGACCCGAGAAAGGCAGAGACACAAUACAAAGAAAUUAUCUCGAAACCUCCCUCAGUAACCUCAGAUGCCGCUGUACGGGAAUACGAAACUGCGCUGGUCAGCCUGGGAGAAUUAUAUCGAGAUGAUAAGAGAGCGGGCGAUCUAGUUGACUUGAUUACGACGAGUCGGACGGUGUUAUCGUCAUUUGCCAAAGCAAAGACAGCGAAGCUUGUCCGACAACUCUUGGACCUCUUCAACGCGAUCCCGAACACAACAGAUAUCCAAAUCACCGUCACUAAAUCUUGCAUCGAAUGGGCCAACUCGGAACGUAGAGGUUUCCUCCGCCAAAACCUCGAAACCCGUCUCGUGGCGCUUUACAUGAUCAAGCAAUCCUACUACGAUGCCUUAGCCCUUAUCAACAGCCUACUGAAGGAGCUCAAACGGCUGGAUGAUAAACUGGUCUUGGUCGAAGUGCAGCUCCUUGAAUCGCGCGUCUACCAUGCCCUAGGCAACGUGCCCAAGGGCCGAGCAGCCCUCACCAGCGCCCGCACAAGCGCCGCAUCCGUCUACACGCCUCCUCUCUUACAAGCCGGCUUGGAUAUGCAAUCCGGAAAGUUACACGCAGAAGACAAAGAUUUCAACACGGCGUUCUCCUACUUCAUCGAAGCGCUCGAUGGAUACCAUACUCAAGAUGAGCCCGAGAAAGCUACCGCAGCCCUGCAAUACAUGUUACUGUGUAAAAUCAUGCUUAACCUCGCCGACGACGUCAACCAGCUCAUGACAUCCAAGCAAGCGCUCAAGUACGCAGGAAAGAACCUAGAAGCCAUGAAAGCCGUAGCGCGCGCGCACUCAAACCGCUCAUUGGAGGAAUAUGAGAAGGCGUUAGGAGACUAUCGCCAUGAGCUUGGUAGUGAUCCCUUCAUCCGUAAUCACCUCCGACGCCUCUACGAUGCAAUGUUGGAGCAGAAUCUUAUCAAAGUCAUUGAGCCCUUCUCGCGGGUGGAAAUUGACCACAUCGCAAAGAUGGUUGGGCUCGAUACACAGCAGGUCGAGCGCAAGUUGUCCCAGAUGAUUCUUGAUAAAGUGAUUAUUGGCGUUUUAGACCAGGGUGCCGGGUGCUUGAUUAUUUUCGAUGAGACGGAGAGAGAUGAGGGUUAUGAUUCCGCGCUCGCGACUAUCGAGAAGCUGAGCAGUGUUGUGGAUGUGCUAUACACAAACCAGGCGUCCAUGUUGGAAUAG